AUGACGACCGGAUCCGAAGAGACACCACGGCGGGCGACCCGCGAGGAGAUGCGCGAGGCGAGAGUGCCGCUACAAUACCGCGACAGCUGUGCCCACUUGCUGAUCCCGCUCAAUCGGUGUCGGUUCGAGACGUAUUACAUGCCGUGGAAAUGCACGGACCUGCGACACGGCUACGAAAAGUGCCAAUACGACGAGUUCAAGAAGCGUGUGGCCAAGAUGAACGAGUUGCGGGCGGCCAAGGGCGGGGCGCGCAGCAACUAG